CCUUGUAUGAUACAAGGAGUCACUGUUUCCCUGAAGCUCGUUUUCCUACUUCAGUGGUUCAUCAAUGCCAUAAAAUAACAAAAGCAGGACCGUGUCCCCUCAAUUUCAUCUUGCAGCGCUACAAAAUGGAAGAAGAGCAAGUGAAACCUCAAAACGACAACGCUUUCACUGAAGACGACGACGACCCUCCAACGUUAAGUUCACACGCUCUGGCUGCUUUGAAAGAGUUCCUCCAACAACAACAACCCAUCACUGACCAAACUUCACAAACCGACGGAGAAGGUUCUGAAACCGGAGAGAAAGUAGCCUUAGUAGCAGAGGACUGGAGGCUUAGCCAGUUUUGGUACGACCCGUUAACCGCAGAGACUGUAGCAAACGAGGUUCUUGCUUUAUUAACCAAUCCCAGUUCACUCGCAGUUUGUAUCGCUUGUCCAACUCUUUAUGCUUACAUCAAGAAAAUUGAUCCGAGUGUGAAUGUGCAAUUACUGGAGUAUGACAAGAGAUUUGAGCAAUAUGGGAGUGAUUUCACGUUUUAUGAUUAUAAUAAACCAGAAGAUUUGCCUGGUCAACUUAAGCAUUCUUUUCAAGUUGUUGUUGCAGAUCCUCCUUAUUUGAGUCAGGAGUGUUUAGAAAAGGUUGCUCAAGCAAUUUCUUUUCUUGCAAUACCAGGAAAAUCAUAUUUGCUUCUACUCACAGGAGACGUGCAGAAGGAUAGGGCAGCUGAGCUCUUAGGAUUGCAUUCAUGUGGUUUUAGGCCUCAACAUUCUAGCAAACUUGGGAAUGAAUUUAGGCUAUUCACAAACUAUGACCCUGGAAUGAGACUAGGAGGGUGGGAGCUGGAGAAAUAGAUCUUUUCUCUCACCAUGGAUCCGGUGAGUUAAUAUUGUUGAAAACUUGCAAGUAUGUACUUUUAGUAGAGUACCGUAUGGCAUUUGCACAUUGCCUAAAAACUUAGCAGAAUAUAUGAACUAUACAUUGUCCAAGCUCAAAGUUUAACUCUGGCUUAGUUCAUCGUAUGUGGGCAGAAUUUGGACCAUUGAUUCGAUGCAGAGAAUGAUUAUAAUGGGAGCCUUUCCUUUAACAAUAAAUGGAAAAGUCGAGGUAGAUCGAUGCAUUUAAGAAUGCUUACACUAUUGACGUGGGUGUAUGGUGCCAAAUUUUCAGCUUCCUCCUGAACCCCAGGAUAUCUUCUGCUUAUUUUAAUUUUUGAACUCUGGGAAAUUUUAGUUUGUAAUUUUGGAUAUGUGAAUUAGUCCAAUGCAAACUGUCUAGAGAGAAUUUUUGAGAUUUUAAAUCAGAACCGCUUUCAGAUGUGCUCUUGCUCUAGCUGAGUAAAACUCACAGGUUGUACUUCAAUCAACUAGUUUUUGUCA